AUGUGGAAGCUGUUUAAAGAUCUCCGCCUGAUCGGUGGUUUGGCAAGGCGAAGUAGUACAGUUUCUCACACCAAUCCGACCCUGUGUCGCUCGCUAAGCUCCACACCCCAGUCCAACAGUGAACCUUUCCUUAGCUACGAGAAAGAUCCGGCACCUGCAUUUCUGCGCGACGAUGUGCAGCAGCUGCUCAAGUCCAUUACGCGGCUGGAACUGGACAAGGUGUUCCGGAAGCGCUCGGUCAAAGAUAACACGGUCGAGUAUCGGUUCAUGACCGACGAGCAGCUGCGACGCGAGCUGCUGCAUUCGAUCGAGCAGGCCCAACAGAUGCUGCAGAUGCCACCGGUCGUGCAGGAACAGCAGGACAGCUGCCGUGUCAUAUCGAAGGACGGCGCGCUCAAAUCACUUUCCUCCUCGAAGUUCGUCUUUACCGACAUCACGUACGGGUUGAAGAACAGUCAGCGCUCGAUCGUGGUGCGCCAUCCGGACGGCACGCUGCAGGAAGCGCCGUACGAGAUGCGCAAGCGUCUGAACCAGAUCUACUUCCCGCUUACCGGCCGAUCCAUCCACCAGCCACCGAUGUUCGAGGACGAGCAUCUGCAGCGUCUGCUCGAGGAGGGCAAGUACGAGUUCGUGCUGGAUCGGGCCUGCGUACAGUUCGAGCCGUACGAGAAGGACUACCACCACAUCACGGCCAAAGUGUACCAGCACAUCAACGAAAGCCGAUCGUUCGACGCACUGCGGUCGACGCGCCACUUUGGCCCAUUUGUGUUCUUCCUUGCCUGGCACAGGCUGAUCGACGAUCUGCUGCUGGACAUGAUCAAACAGGACUAUCUGCGCAAUGGAAUUGAGCUGAUCGUGCUGUACUCCACGCUGCACGGUAUGCCGAUCGAUGAGGGCGUGAAGCAGAUUGCACUCCAAACGCAAAUGCCCAGCUUGUUUGAUGCGGCCGAAAAGUCGGUUGACGAGUUGAAACAGGACGAACAGUACCUGUCGAUCAUAGAGCAGUUUGUGAACGGGCAGGCCACGAAGAAGGUUCAGCUGAACCUGGCCGUACAGGCGUACCGUGAGAUGGCAGCGGAGAAGCUUCGGCUAGCGCAGGGCAUCAGGAGGAUGCACGGGGAAAGCUGAAUGGGUGGCGAGGGGAAGGAGGGGAGGCGGUCAGUAACGGGACGUCGAUGUUAAAUGUGUAGUGUUUAGGUUGAGAACGAGAAAAUAAAAUGAAAAUACAUAACGUUCCGCGAA